UAGUGGACGAGGGUGUGUCUUUUAAGUGUUUGGACGGUAGACGGAGUGUGCAUAUAGGUUCACUCCAGGGCCUGAAACUCCCCAUAAUUAAAUUCGCGACGAUUGUACAUCCGCUAAGAAAUGUCCGCCAAAACUUAAAAACAACGUCAAUAGAGAAGUCAAUAUACAAGUACAGAUCUCCAGUCUCUGCGUUUCCAGAGCUCCCCCUCCGCCCCCCUUUAACCCCAACCCACACUGAUGGAGACAGAGCGGGAAGCUGACCUCCUGGAAGGAAGUUAUAGCCCAUGUAAGCAACGCUCCUGUUAGAAGAAGUAGACUUGGACCCAAAGAGACUAGUGCGAGAGGAACCUUUGGGAGAUGAAGGAAGAGAAGCCCAAUGAACAUUCCAACCUGAAGGAACCUUCUCAGGAGAAUGGGGUCAUCCAGAGCACCCAGGGCCUGUACAGCUCCACCUCCCCUCCGGCCUCAGACGACGAGCCUUUCUCCACAUACUUUGAGGAGAAGGUGCCCAUUCCAGAGGAUGUCACCCAGGUGUUCAGUUUCCGUAAACUCUGGGCCUUUACGGGACCUGGUUUCUUGAUGAGCAUCGCCUAUCUUGACCCAGGGAACAUCGAGUCCGACCUGCAGUCUGGAGCUAAAGCUGGCUUUAAGCUCCUGUGGGUGUUGUUGGGGGCCACCAUCAUCGGCCUCCUCCUGCAGAGACUGGCUGCGCGCCUGGGGGUUGUCACAGGGAUGCACCUCGCAGAGGUCUGCAACCGCCAGUACCCCACUGUUCCUCGUAUUAUCCUGUGGCUGAUGGUGGAGCUGGCCAUCAUCGGCUCAGACAUGCAGGAGGUCAUCGGCUGUGCCAUCGCCUUCAACCUCCUCUCUAUGGGCAGGAUUCCACUUUGGGGAGGUGUCCUCAUCACCAUCAUUGACACCUUUGUGUUCCUUUUUCUAGAUAAAUAUGGCUUGAGGAAACUUGAAGCCUUCUUUGGGUUUCUCAUCACCAUCAUGGCUGUAAGCUUUGGAUAUGAGUAUGUGAUGGUGCGUCCGGACCAGGGGGAGCUGCUGAAGGGGAUGUUUCUGCCGUACUGUGAGAACUGUGAUUCUUCCCAGAUGGAGCAGGCUGUGGGCAUCGUAGGAGCGGUCAUCAUGCCCCACAACAUCUACCUGCACUCUGCCCUCGUCAAGUCUCGGCAAAUAGAUCGUGGGAACAAGAAGGAGGUGAAGGAGGCCAACAAAUACUACUUCAUCGAGUCAACUAUUGCUCUCUUCAUCUCCUUCCUCAUCAACGUCUUUGUUGUAGCAGUGUUUGCUGAGGCCUUCUACGACAAAACCAACAUUGAGGUGAAUGCAAAAUGCAAUGCAUCAGGCAGUCCUCACACAGACCUCUUCCCUCUGGACAACAGCACGCUACAGGUGGACAUCUUCAAAGGGGGCGUGGUGCUGGGUUGUUUCUUUGGCCCUGCGGCCCUCUACAUCUGGGCCAUCGGGAUCCUGGCUGCCGGACAGAGCUCCACCAUGACAGGCACGUACUCUGGCCAGUUUGUCAUGGAGGGUUUCCUGAACCUGCGUUGGUCCCGUUUUGCCCGGGUGCUUCUCACCCGCUCCAUCGCAAUCUUCCCCACCCUGCUUGUGGCCAUCUUUCAGGACGUACAGCACCUAACGGGCAUGAACGACUUCCUCAACGUAUUGCAGAGCAUGCAGCUGCCGUUUGCUCUAAUCCCCAUCCUGACCUUCACCAGUCUGACAUCCAUCAUGGAUGACUUUGCUAAUGGACUGGUGUGGAAGAUUGGCGGAGGGGUGGUCAUCCUGGUGGUCUGUGCCAUAAACAUGUACUUUGUGGUGAUCUACGUGACCAGCCUGAACAGUGUGGCGCUCUACGUGCUGGUGGCCUUGCUCUGCAUAGCUUACCUAAGCUUUGUGUGCUACCUGACGUGGCAGUGUCUGAUAGCCCUCGGUGUGUCCUGUCUGGACGUGUCCUGUCUGGGCAACAGGAUGAGGCUGACGGCCCACACAGACGUUUACCUGUUGAAUGACAUGGACGGCAACACGAUGGUGGAGAGAUAAGGAGGCCAUGUUGGAGGGGUGGAUAUUAGCAGUGGUAAAGUCAGUAGCUAGACAGGGGUGACCUAACAUGGUGGAGGCAUGGGACCACAGGCUCAGCCAGUACAGUGCUCCUCCUCCUUUGCCUUAGUGCCAACGAGACCUUUGUAAGUGCCCUUCGUCAUCAUCUAUCCCUUACAAGAUGCCUUGAACCCCUCACUUGACAUUCCACUAACUAUGAUUGGCAUCUUAAAGUUAGUACCAAUGAGCUGUUGGUUUUUAUCAUGUUGAGCAUGCUUUUAAAAUUCUGCAAGUACGCCGGCCUUUUCUCAGGUCAGCAUUUCCAUAUGACUUUGAAACGCUGUUAUAAUUUUAGAUGGGAAAUACACAGUAUGUAUUACACAGUUUGUUUGUUUGUCCUCCAAUUAAUAAGCAUGUACAGUAGCAGUCAAAAGUUUGGACACCUACUCAUUCCAGGGUUUUUAUUUAUUUUGACUAUUUUCUAUAUUGUAGAAUAAUAGAGGACAUCAAAACUAUGAAAUAACACAUAUGGAAUUAUGCAGUAACCAAAAACAUAUCUAAAUUUGUUAUAUUUUAGAUUAUUCAAAGUAGCCACCCUUUGCCUUGAUGACAGCUUUGCACGCUCUUGGCAUUCUCUCAACCAGCUUCAUGAGGUAGUCACCUGGAAUGCAUUUCAAUUAACAGGUGUGCCUUGUUAAAAGUUCAUUAGUGAAAUUUCUUUCCUUCUUAAUGCGUUUGAGCCAAUCAGUUGUGUUGUGACACGGUAGGGGUGGUGUACAGCAGAUAGCCCCAUUUGGUAAAAGACCAAGUCCAUAUUAUGGCAAGAACAGCUCAAAUAAGCAAAAAAAAAACGACAGUCCAUCAUUACUUUAAGACAUGAAGGUCCGUCAAUCUGGAAAAUGUCAAGAACUUUGAAAGUUCCUUCAAGUGCAGUCGCAAAAACCAUCAAGCGCAAUGAUGAAACUGGCUCUCAUGAGGACCGUCACACAAAAGGAAGACGCAAAGUUACCUCUGCUGCAGAGGAUAAGUUCAUUUGAGUUACCAGCCUCAGAAAUUGCAUCCCAAAUAAAUGCUUCAGUGUUCAAGUAACACACAUCAACAUCAACUGUUCAGAGGAAACUGCGUGAAUCAGGCCUUUAUGGUCAAAUUGAUGCAAAGACACCACUACAAAAGGACACCAAUAAGAAGAAACUUGCUUGGACCAAGAAACACGCGCAAUGGCCAUUAGACCUGUGGAAAUCUGUCCUAUGGUCUGAUGAGUCCAAAUUUGUGUUGUUUUCUUUUCAACCGCCAUGUCUUUGUGAGACACAGAUUAGGUGAACGGAUUAUCUCUGCAUGUGUGGUUCCCACUGUGAAGCAUGGAGGAUGAGGUGUGAUGGUGUGAGGGCGCUUUGCUGGUGACACUAUCAGUGAUUUAUUUAGAAUUCAAGGCACACUUAACCAGCGAUACACCACCCCAUCUGGUUUGCGCGUAGUGGGACUAUCAUUUAUUUUUCAACAGGACAAUGACCCAACACACCUCCAGGCCGUGUAUGGGCUAUUUGACCAAGAAGGAGAGUGAUGGAGUGCUGCAUCAGGUGACCUGGCCUCCACAAUCACCUGACCUCAACCCAAUUGAGAUGGUUUGAGAAGAGUUGGACCAUAGAGUGAAGGAUAAGCAGCCAAAAAGUGCUCAGCAUAUGUGGGAACUCCUUCAAGACUGUUGAAAAAGCAUUCCAGGUGAAGCUGGUUGAGAGAAUGCCAAGAAUGUGCAAAGCUGUCAAGGCAAAGGGUGGCUACUUUGAUGAAUCUCAAAUAUAACAUAUUUUGAUUUAACACUUUUUUGGUUACUACAUGAUUCCAUGUGUUAUUUCAUAGUUUUGAUGUCUAAACUAUUAUUCUACAAUGUAGAAAAUAGUACAAAUGAAAUAAAAUUCAUAAAUGAAAUAAAAUAUAUAAAAAAAUAAGUAGGUGUCAACUUUAGACUGGUACUAUAUGUUGUAGAUAAAAAAAAUUAUGAGAACAAAUAACUUCACUUUGGUAAGAAUUGAGAAGAUGUAGAAUACUUAAAGGGCCAAGUUGCUACAUAAAUUGUUUUGCAUAUAAAUUAAUAUACACUGAGUGUACAAAACAUUAGGAACACCUGCUCUCUCCUUGUGGAGUCCAUGCCCCAACGAAUUGAUGCUGUUCUGAAGGAAAAGGGGGGUGCAACUCAAUAUUAGGAAGGUGUUCCUAAUGUUUUGUGCACUGUGUAUAUCUAUUGAUUCUUGAGGAAUAUUGUUUCUUAAAAAUGCCUCAUGAGUUUAAUUCAACUGCUAUACCCCAUCAGAACCAAAAAUAUAAGCUUGUUUUACUGCAAUGUCUGGAAACAUUGUAAAUGUAAACAAACUCUGUAUAUCUUCGACACGUGCUUAAAGCUAUCAUUUUGAUAUCUUGUAAGGUCAGGGCUUGCUUUCAUAGCUCUGUCUAUGAAUUAGCGUGGUUACAUUUCUCCAGGCCCAUACCUCAGCUUUUUACAAAACACAGGUGGGGUGAUGUCUUUUUAUUUAACUUCCUAACUUAAAUUGGUCAGGCACUUGGAAUAUAUUGGCCAACAUUUUUAUUUAUUUUCAAAAGAUAUGCAAUGCAUAUGCACCCACUGCCCUGCUUAAACUGGGACAGGGGUGCUCAAAAUAAAUAUACAUUUUAUCAAAUGCAAUUUCACACCCAAGGCACAAAUAGAUAUAUUGGGUGUACUCAUUGAAAAUCUGUAUAAUUUGACCCUUUUACUAAUUUCCUGCUAUUGUGGUCAAAGCACCUCAGUAAAACUGUUGCUUUGGCUUUAAAUUGAAAGGCAACAAAGCCCACGUCAUGCCCAAAUGAUCCCAUUACCUGAGGAUUAGUUAAGGGAAAGGACGAUGUGAUACUAACCUUUGUGUAAGCCAUUGUUGUUGUUGGUACAGAACUCUACCCAUUGAAAUUCCGUUAAAGUGUAAGUUGUCUCCAAAGCCCAUAACAAAUGAAAGAUGUAGGCCUUUUCUGCUGCUUGGCGCUGUCUGAAGUCAGGUGUCACUGCUAAAUACAGUUCCUGAUGACAAUAUGAAUCAUCAAACAUGACACAAUAGUGAUCGAUGUUGUUUCCAUCUACUGACAUUGAGUGUAGAUCAUAUAUAUAAGGUCUCUGCAUGGCCACCACUUUAGUCAAGUUAUUACUCUGGAUUGUUUUGUCAUUCUAACAGGAAUCAUCCACUAAGGUAUAUAGUUCAACUGAUUUUAUGUACUGUAGAAAGCCAGGUCAGUACUCGUAAUUUGUCAAUUGUAACAAUCAAGUAGAUAUUGACUAGUGUAUUUUUGUAUAUAUUUUUCUAAGGAAAACCAAAGUAACAGUUUGGAUGUUACAAGUUGUUGAUACCAUACAUUUUGUAUGAAUAAAAGUACAAAUUAUGCUCAAAAAAUAUUUAUUUCUGGUCACUUUUCAAAAAUAUUUAUUUUUCAAAAGUACAAACUCAUGAACAGUGAGGCUGGACAGAGUGACCACCUGAGCUCGAUAAUUUUUUUUGCCAAUACUUCUCGUUAGACUAGUUAGUGUGUGGAUAGUUAGUUGAAAGUACAACCUACUUCUGUACCUGUUCAUGUAGAAUAAAACCAUUUUAAAAAACA